UUUCACCGUUCACUGUCUUCGAGGCCGCGAUGUUGUCGUUCAACUGGUGGGCGACGCGUUUCCCGUCCGUAAGGGCCAUGCAAUACUACGCCCACGAAAAGCCCGCCCUCUUCUACGCCCUCCUCAUCGGCGGCGCAGGCCCGCUCCUAAUCGCCACCGUGCCCCCGCUGCGCAAGGCGUACGGCUACGUCCCGCCGGAGAUGCCGCCGACGAGUUAUCCGUUGCCCCAGCGCCCGCGCCACGCGGUGCCGACCACGUACGACGACGCCGAGUAGUUGUGUGCGCGCUAGUAGACGUCAAUUCCAUCCCUUGCUGUGCAAUCCAUUCCAACUUCUCUUUCCGUCC